AGUUAGGUUACGAUUGAACUUCCUUAAUUAAUUUUUUUUAUCAAUUUAGGUCAAAUUUACAGUAAUGCUCUGUUCAAAGAGCACUAAUAUAUUCAAAAGAAAAUGCUUUUUCCACUGACUUGCGUUUCCAUGAGUUUUAUACUUCACUUUAUAAAGAUAGAAGGUGCGGUAUUUUCUGAAGUGUAUUGGACAACAGCAAUACGUCUGUCAGAGUACAGUGGUUACAAGUCUGUGUCUCUUCUCUCGUACAACAUUCCCAGCCAGACCACACAGGUCACCUUCACAUUCCAGGCAAAAACCUCAGGCAGUGCCUGCACAUUCAGGGAGGUGCAUGUGUAUUUCCAACAUGGCAGCUACCCCCUAGUCACCCCAUACAAUGAGACAUUUCCGGAGGACUUUUACACCAACAGAACAGAGGCUUACAACAUACAGAUAGUCAAGGAUGCAGACCCGGUCUCCUACUUGAUGACAGCCCCCAAACCAGGCACCUGGUACUUCACAGCAUUUCUUCCAAAAAACAAGAAUGACAAAAUUGAGCAAAAGGGUUUUGACAAGUCAUGCCUGUAUGGUAUGGUGGUCAUUGUUGAGGCGGUUGGGUUGGACAACAUUCCGCAGCUAGAUAUUGACAUGCAAAACCAGAUUGCCCUCACACAGGACACACUACAUAGCCAGAGAACAUUUAGGUUUUCACUGCCAUCCCAUGCUGUCAAGUAUAAUGUAAGAAUAGAUAGCUGUAAUGUGAAAUUAUCAGAACAGCCAAAUGAUGCUGAGGACGAGAAUUCUUCAAAUGAGAGCCAAACAGGCAAUAACUCUAGCUUCACAAAUGAGACAACAUACAGAGUCACUGUUGAUAAUGCUACUGCUAAUGGACCUUUAUCCUCGAAAGAAAUUACUACUUCAACAACAACUGCAGCAACAACAUCUCGGAUGACAACUGCACCGUUAGUGCCAACUACACCAACAAAUAUCAACAACUGUCCUGUGUUGGUUCAUAUCCAAUCGGGUUCACUUUCCUUAAAUGGUGCUGUUUCCAUGACAGAUUGUGGCAACAAAACUGUUUGUAAGGAGAGUAUUUUGUCCCCUGAUGUCGAGGGCUGGACCUACAUCACCAUGGAGAUAGAUAAAACGUAUAGUGUGUCGGAAUUAUCAUUUAAACUACAUUUUACUGUUGAAGAGUGUGAGUCGCUAAAACUGUACAUUCCUAAGACAAUAUUCCACCCUAAGCCAGUCCAUACAGCACAUGUUGGACCUUCUCAAGACAGCUGUAUACUGAUAAGCCCACUUGGGCGGUUUGUUUGGUCAGAACAGACGUUUAAUGUCACCUAUGUGUUGAGUGAUCGAGGAGGUAUUCCGGCCCCAAUGCCGAUUACAGGGCUUAAUGUGGAAGACCAUUUUGUCCUUGUAAUGAGCUUUUCCAUACAGGAGAUGACAGACAUUGGUGGAACACUGGCUCUCCAUGCUGAUCUUAACUUACAGGAAUUUGAUAUAUCUCACCAGAAUGUUACAGUGUACAUUUGCCUGAUGAAGACCAAGAUCCCAGGUGGCAGCACUGUGCGGGACUGUCAGAAUGGUUUACUGCUCACCAUGAAUAUGACCACUAUAGAGAACACAGUCUAUAUUCCCUAUCCUGAGCCAGGUGUUUGGUUUAUUGGCUUUAAUAGUCAGUGCUUCGAUGAGAAUGGGCAGUCAGUGUGGUGUAACAGUGUGCCAACAGUGGACCUGUCCCUGGGGCUGUCAGGUUGUGUUAGGGGCCAGUGUGGGGAAUAUGGGGUCUGUCAGGACUACAUCAGUGGGGUACAUGUGUUCAGCUCAUGUAAAUGCUUUGCAGGUUGGCGUGGUUACGGAUGUACGGAUGGAACAGAGGGUCGAACAAAGCAUGAGGAGCUGGUGGCUCUUCUUCUACUGACGCUAAGCAACCUUUUCUUCCUGCCAGCCAUUUGCCUUGCCACAUACAGGCGAUACUUUGUGGAGGCUGUUGUAUACACCUACACUAUGUUUUUCUCUACUUUUUACCAUGCUUGUGACACAAGUGACCUAGUCUACUACUGUAUGCUUCGAUACGACAUCCUCAGUUUUGCUGACUUUCUUGGCUCAAUCAGCUCGUUCUGGGUUACAAUGCUAGUGAUGUCUAAGUUGCCCUGGCGUGUGCGUGGCUUCGCCCAGACCAUUGGGGUGCUUGGUGUUGCAGUUGGGGUUGAGUACGACCGACAUGGGCUCUUAGUGUUUGCUGUGCCGGCUGGUCUGGCGGCUGUUAUCAUGGUUGGGUCAUGGAUUUUCCAGUGCAAAAGACAGAGAAAGUUGUAUCCAAUUAAGCGAUAUUUCCUGUUCCAUUUUCUUCCGGGAGUUAUUCUUGCUCUGACUGGACUCAGUUUGUUCGCCUUUCUCGAGACAGAAAACAACUAUAAAUACACCCACAGCUGCUGGCAUAUAGCCAUGUCCCUGUCCAUAGUGUUUCUCCUGCCAACCCGACCCCGCAAAGGUACAAACACCGACACUACCACUAACCAAUCUAGUUUGGAAACUAACAUUACUAAUGCUAAUUCCCAAGUUUUGCUUUACUCCUACGCUAAUUUGCCUAAUGGCAGUACAGUGCGUGAGAUAAAUAUGGAGGCGAUUGAUAAUCCCUCAUAUAUAUCACCCUAUAGUUAACCUUGCUUGUUGCGAAUGUUUUAAAUGUAUCUUUUUGGUAGGUACUGUAACGGUCAUGGAGAUGGUGAAAAAAAUGUUUUGAUUUAUGAAUUAACAUUGCAAUAUACAUUAUAUAUAUACUUUUUAUGUAUAUUAUUAUAUAAAAAAUACGCUACCUUUGUAAAAACAUUGAUUGUUGUGGGGUUUAAACUUCAUUGAUUAUAAAAGACAUUCAUACAUACUUUAUGUAUUGGUAAUCUUUAUGGUACUGUAAACAAUCUACAAAUACGUAACAAUCACUUUCAUCACAAAUAAAUAUCAGAUCUCAGUAAAAAUCAAUGGUUUAGCAGUAUUGAGAAUGUGCCAUCCAUGUAUUUGAUGUGCAUUGAAUUUUAUUACAUUGUUCUUUCAGUGCUAUUUGCUCACCAUGGUACAGUUUACAUUGUUUUUUACCAAAGAUAAACACAGUUAUUUAAGUUAAAGGAUUAUUUUAAGAGUUUUUUCAUAACAGUCGUUCGACACAGUACUUAUGUUAUUAUGUCUGAAUUUUCAUUAUCCCACAUAUAUGUACUGUAUGAUGCCUUUCUUUUAAAUGUGUUUGUACAUUUGCACAGAAAUCCGCCUGUGUUUUUUUUUUUUUACUAAAAUGACAAAUGAAUGUUAUAUGUUAUAAUUAAAUGCAUUUGUAAUUUUGCAUUGCAUAUUUGGUGUUUUGCUCAGCUUUUUUAUAUUUUUUAUUGUUCAAAGACUAAGUUAAAUGUAUUGUCUGCCAUAUUGUUGUCUUCAUUGACUCUAUGCAAAACAUGAUGUUCGCUAUAGACCAAUGAAACUGUAAAACAUGAAACUUCAUACAUACAUUUACUAUGCCAAUUAACUACUGCCAUAUGACUUGUCAUAAUCUUUUUUGAGUUAUGGCCCUUGACCAACUGGAAUAAUUGAUGGGUGUUUGCAUCUGUUUUGGUCCUCUUGUUUGUCAUUUUUAGCCAUGGUUAAUGAUAAUUUUUAUUGGUGUUAGUUAUUAAUUUUGCCAUAUAUCAGCUUUUUUCUGUUGUGAGCAUGAUUGGCAAUUAGCUUGUCUGUUUUCAGAGAGAGAAAAAGGGAGGUAUUGACAUGGUCUUGAUGUUGUUGCUAUAGGUGGCUUCAUUGUGCAAAAACCUUUACCUAGGCCAUUACUCAAAAAAUGGAUCAUAUUGAAAUGAAACUUAGUUCACAUUUUGUCACAGACAAUACACAAAUGUUGAGCAAGACCUAUACCUCUGGCUGCAAUGAUUGAUGAGGUAUACCCCUGUAUCAUUUGAAAAAUUAUGAGCAUUUGUGCUGCAGCACUCUAAUUUAUAACAUGUAUUACUUCAAACUAUUAUCAGGUUUAUUGUCAUGGUCUAUUUCAUACAGUUUGAAUGCAUGUACUGUAGGUGUAAAUUAUUUCGUUAAGCUAAACUAAAAGUUAAAAUUGUUAUCAAAAUUUUAGCUCAAUUGUUUAUGAAGCAUUUUUUUCAAUAGCAUUUUUUAUUGAUUAACAGCAAAGUUGAUGUGAGCUUAUUUAUGAGAUAAAUCCAAACGCAUGUAUCACCAGAUGAGUCAAGUGCAGGCAGACAAGUGAUCGGAAAUAAACAGAUUUUGUCCUUUGUGAUCAGAUUAAAAAACAAAAAUGAUCCACGGCAUGUAGAAGUUUUUAAAGGUACCAAAUGAAAAAUAUCAAUAGUUGCCUGCAUGUGAGGCACACCACUUCAAACUAUUGUAAAGAUUACUUUUUCCACUUAAGAAAAAAUGUCUCCAGCCCAUGUCUUUAUCUUGUUAUUUCUUUAUUAUACCAGUGCUAUAGCCAGGAUUUGAAAAGGGCAGGGUGCUAGGUCAGAAAGGGCACUUUUGAAGCAGAUUGAAUGAGCUUUAAUGGGGCACUUGCAAGGGCCAAUGCUCAAUUCUUAUUAUGCCUCCCUUCGAAGAAGAGGGGGUAUAUUGCUUUGCACAUAUCGGUUGGUCGGUAGGUCGGUCAGUCCGUCGGUAGAUCAAAGCUUGUCCCAGUGAUAAUUUGACAAUUCCUGGACCUAUUUUCAGCAAACUUGACAUGAAGGUUGGUCCUGACCAGCAAAUGACCCCUAUUGAUUUUAGGUGUCAUCAAAUCAAAGGUUAAGGUCACAGUAACCUUUAAUUCGGAAAAAAUGUCAAAGCUUGUCCGAGUGAUCACUCAACAAUGCCUGGACCUAUGGCCAUCAAAUAUACUAUACUGGGCCUAAUCAGUGGAUGACCCCUAUUGAUUUAAGGGUUGAUUGGGUUAAUGGUCAAGGUCACAGUGACCUUAGAUGCUAAAAGGUUGUCCAAGUGAUAACUCGACAAUGCCUGCACUCAUGGCCCUCAAACUUGACUUGGAGGUUGGGCCUGACCACUAGAUGACCCCAAUGAUUUCAGGGGUCAUCAGGUUAAAGGUCAAGGUCACAAUGACAAAAAUAUUGUCUGUGUGAUAGCUCGACAAUACCUGUUCCCGUGGGGUGACCAGUAGAUGACCCCUAUAGAUUUUGAGGUCAGGGUCAAAGGUCAAGGUCACAACUCAUAUUGGUAAUUAAAAUUACAUCAUAUUUACUUAAUCCCUGCUGCUUAGAGGAUACAUGUUUAUCUGCAAAGAUCAGUCAUCACUGAACAUGAUUACAAACUGUAUCUACUAUCCCCACACUUUAAAUGAUCAUAAUCUUAAAACUGCCUCAAAGGCAUCUUACUUCAAUGACAAAUUAGCUGUCAAUUUGGUCCAUGCAUAUUUCAUUCAGUUGUCCAAAUAUUCUUUACAGCAUGGCGCUCAUGGGGGCAUAAUGUAUGACAAACAUCUCUUGUUGUGUAUGUCAUGAAAUUUCUUUCAAUACUAAAAGUUUGUUAUAAAUACCUUAGCUGUUAUCACUACUUUAGUGUCAAAAUUAUGUAUAUUUAUUUUUUUUAAACUUAUUUCUGAAAUUGACUCUGCAUGCACAGCAGGGUUUAGUAAUAGGGCAAUCAGGUUGCAGGAAAAGGGCAUCAGGGUGCCACAUUAUGCUAUUUAGGCUAAGCUGGAGCACUGUUAUACCAUGUACAAAUAUGCUUUCAUUUCAUCUAGCCAGCCAUUGGUAAUGAUCCUUAAUUUUGAUGCCUGGGAACCUCCAAUAAUUUUUAGCUGGGUUUUCAUUGAAAAAUUCUGGGUUAUCGAACUGGAAAACACGGGCGCAGAUUUUGUUUUCAGGUGUUGUUAUCAAUUUUACGUUACAUAUAUGUUUUUUGGUGUGUUUUAAAUAAUACAGUUUUUAUCCCAUCUUAAUGAAAUUGGUCAAAAUAUUUUUAAGCAUGAUAUAUGUGUCAGUCUGAAUAUGGGUCAUCAAUGGUAAAAACAAGGUCAUUUGAUAAAAAAAAAUAAGACAAAAUUUAGUGUUAAAGUUUCUUAUUCCUUUCACAAAUGCAUCUUCAAAAAGCUUAGUAAUUCUACGCAUGAUACUUAGGACCAGUGUGGUCAUCUCGGGGCAAAAACUAUGUUGGACAAGUAUGAAUAUGGGUCGGCAGCAUUUACUUAUUACCUGUAUCUAUAAACAUACAUCCUGCAAUAAUCAGGCUUAUUGUUGUCAUUUAUCAUUGCAGAUUUAUCAGUUCAAGAGUUGAAUCUUGUAGUCUCAGAGGUGACAUAGAUUUAAGAGGGGGACACAUCUUGAAAGUAUUCACUGUUGUCAGUGGAUACACAGAAAGUAUUCGCUGUUGUCUGAUAGAUACACAUAAAGUAUUCACUGUUAUCUGAUAUAUUCACAGAAAGUAUUUACUGUUGUCUGAUAGAUACACAGCAAGUAUUUACUGUUGCCUGGUAGAUACACAGAAAAUACACAGAAAGUAGUUACUGUUGUCUGGUAGAUACACAGAAAGUAGUCACUAUUGUCUGGUAGAUACACAAAAAGUAUUCACAUUUGGCAGAUAGAUACAUAGAUUUUCUUGUGCAAUUUUCUACAUUUGUUUUAUAAAUUAGUCAGUAAUUAGAUAUUCACUAUUACUGCUGAUAACAUUGAUGGUAGUAUGUUAUUUACAAUGGGGCAAUCUGAUAAAUGAUGUCAUACCAAGUGUUGUAAGACCCAGAAUUCACAAAUACACAAGGUUGAUAAAAUUGCAGGAUUGAUGUUUGUUUUUUUUGCUGGAAAAAUAGUAAAAUAAACUUGAAAUGAAUAAAGAAAGGCUUUAUAAACUGUUAAUAAUCUUGGAAUGAUGCCUUAAUCCCUCAUAGUGAUGUGGACAGAUAUUUCCAUGUAUGGUUAGAACAUUGAGUUUGGGCAGUUAAGGGGACAGAUAUUGCCAUGUAUGGUUAGAACAUUGAGUCUGGGCAUAUAUGGUUAGAACAUUGAGUCUGGGCAUUUUGGGAGACAGAUAUUGCCAUCAAUGGUUAGAACUUUGAGUCUGGACAUUUUGGGGGACAGAUAUUGCCAUCUAUGGUUAGAACAUUGAGUCUGGGCAUUUUGGGGGACAGAUAUUGCCAUCAAUGGUUAGAACAAUGAGUCUGGCCAUUUUGGGAGACAGGUGUUGUCAUACAUGGUUAGAACAUUGAAUCUGGACAUUUUUUGGGGACAGAUAUUGCCAUCUAAGGUUAGAACAUUGAGUUUGGACAUUCUGGGGGACAGAUAUUGCCAUCUAAGGUUAGAACAUUGAGUCUGGACAUUUUGGGGGACAGGUAUUGCCAUAAAUGGUUAGAACAUUGAGUCAGAGCAUCUUCGGGGGACAGAUAUUGCCAUAAAUGGUUAGAACAUUGAGUUUUGGCAUCUUCGGGUACAGAUAAUGCCAUCUACAGUUAGUGCAGUGAGUCUGGGAAUCUUCAUGUAAAGAAAUUGCCUUUUUUUGGCUGAACAUUGAGUAUGGGCAUUUUGAGGGACAGAUAGUGCCAUCUAUGGUUAGAACAUUGAGUCUGGGCAUUUUGAGGGACAGAUAGUGCCAUCUAUGGUUAGAACAUUGAGUCUGGACAUUUUCGGGGACAGAUAUUGGCAUACAUGGUUAGUACAUUGUGUCUGGGCAGAUAUCACCGUCUAUGGUUAGAACAUGUAUUCCACCUCCUAUGGUUAGCUAGUACAUGGAGACUGAGCAUUUUCCCUUUAAAUUUAUUUUUAACUUUAACAUGUUUGUUAAGAUUCCUUCAUAUGAAAACUGAAUUACUGCAGCUAGUAAGUAGCAGUAUAAUGUCACAUUUCACUUCGUCUACUACAUGAACUUUUGAUGAUCAUUUAUACAAAAGUAUGCACAAUUUUCCUCUCAGGUCAAAAUCAACAAUCGUUAUAAACCUGUAUGAGUGCUUUAAUUACAUGUCUGUCUUUUAUAUUAUCUUUAUAUUAUUAUAUUAUGUGUGCAAGUCCUAUUUGCUUGAUUGUCUAAAAAAGCUGCAAAUCAACGGAAGAAGCGUUUUUGUUUUGUGUUGAAUUUGUUUAUUAUAUUUUUGUAAGGAAUGAAGUCAAUAUUGUUUAAGUUUUAAAAAUUUCGAAAUCGAAUUCCAAGGUUUUAUUUCUAUACUUUAUAUCACUUACAUGUUCUUGUUAUGAAUUUAUUGUAUUGAAGCACAGUUCCAUUUUUCAGGCUUUACACAACUAUUAGAAUGCUUAUAUAUCUACAUAUUUUUAUGUUCUCUUAUUUGCCUUUUUAUCUGUGCCAAUGUUGGGGUGGUCUGUCUUUGUUUUCUGUCAAAUGUUUGUUAUUUGUUAUACAUGUUUUAGAUUGCAAUAUUGCAGAAGUAAAAGUCAUUGAAAUGUUAUUGAUUAUGAUAUUGUUGAAAUAUUGAGUCAUUGAAAUGUUAUUGAUUGCAAUAUUGUUGAAAUAAAGUCAUUGAAAUGUUAUUGAUUGCCAUAUUGUUGAAAUAUUGAGUCUUUGAAAUGUUAUUGAUUGCAAUAUUGCUGAAAUAAAAAGUCAUUGAAAUGUUAUUGAUUGCCAUAUUGUUGAAAUAAAAAGUCUUUGUAAUGUUAUUGAUAAUCAAAAAUUUUACUAAAAUAAAGAUAGUCAUUGUA